CGUGUGUAGAGAACUUACAAUCCAAUCACUUUAGAAUCACAGUUUCCAUUUUAAAAUAUAGUGUCACAUAAAAACUCUUUUCUUUUAGCAUUCGGGAGAUAAAAGUUAUUUCUUAAUUCGGGUUUAGUGACAGUGAUGCAAGUUCUCACCAGCCUUCGGCUGUAAGCGGUUAUCACUUUUAUCGCUCAGUGAAAUGCACCGGAGAAAAAGAGCUGUUGACUACACACACUUUCUUCGCUUUAAAAUGUCAUGAAGUUCAAAAAAGGUCGCGUAAAGAUUAAGAAGUUGUGGUAUUCUCCAGCAUGAAGCAAAAACUAUGGUUUCUCGUAAUAUUUCUAGUUUAUUCCAGUAUACAGCUUGCUGAUGCAGGAGAUAAAUUCUUUUUUAAUCAUACAUCAUUAUUACAAGUCAGCAGUGCAACAUUGCCACUUAAUUCAAGAUUUGACUUUCGAUUUCGAACUUGUGAGGGAGGGGUGUUACUCUCUCAAGUCGGAAAUUUAAAUAAUGACUUUAUUGAGAUAAGUGUUAGCAAAGGAAUUGUGAACUACACUAUAUCUGUCAAGCCGCUAUACUUCACUCCAAGUCAAUUGACGGUUAGAUGGAAAGUUGGAGGUGUGGAAAACUUUGUACAUGUUGGCAAUGAGCUGGAUAAAAGUCAAUAUUUCACAGUGCGAUAUGUCCCUGGCGUAGGGGAUGCAAAUUCUACAAUUUCCCUUGAUGGACCAAUAACCUCAUACUCAGCGAGUAUGCCAAGGGAUAUUCGCAGCUUUGUGAGUGGUGGGCCACUAUAUGCGGGUGGCGGGAGUGGUGGUGUAUGGUUCUCAGGGUGUAUGGAGAGUGGAACUAAUGUGCCUUUCACCUUAGAAUCUAAACCAACUGAACCUACACCAGGAUGCCCUUUAGAUUCAAUAGCAGGAUGUCCCAAUCGCAAAGCCUGUGAUGCUGGCUUCACUGGAGACUACUGUGAGAUAAAUAUUGAUGAAUGUGCCAGUGCACCCUGUCACAGCUAUAGCACCUGCCUAGAUGGCGUCAACAACUAUACCUGCUUGUGUGGACCACGUUGGACUGGGCGAGACUGCAGCACAAACCUAGGCAACUUGUGUGACCCAAAUCCUUGUCAAAAUGGCGGCGUUUGUAAGGAAACAUUUGAUCGAAAUAACUACACAUGUGCAUGCCCACAGGGUUACACAGGGUGGAACUGUAAUGGAACUCUUCAUCCAUGUGAAACCUUGAAUUGUACAAAUGGAGGGACUUGCCAGAAACAGAGCAAUGCAUCAGAUGACUAUGUGUGUGUCUGCGUCACUGGGUUCAAUUGCUCCGAAGACAUCAAUGAGUGUGAAUCAAAUCCUUGUCGAAACAAUGGGACGUGCAGGAAUGAAGAAGGCAAAUUCACAUGCACGUGUUUGAGUGGGUUUAAUGGGACUUUCUGUGAGGUGAACAUCGAUGAUUGCCCCGCCCAUGGGUGUAAUAACGGCACUUGUAUCGACGACAUCAAUAAUUACACGUGUCAGUGCUUCAUUGGGUUCAAGGGCAGACAUUGCGAGAAGGACAUCGACGAAUGCAGACUGGGCUAUUGUAAGAAUGGUGCCACGUGUACGAAUACGCCCGGCAACUAUAGCUGUCAGUGCACCGAGUUCACCAAUGGCACGAACUGCCAGCUGGAUAUCAACGAGUGCGCCAGCAGCCCUUGUCUGAACGGCGCUUUGUGUCAAAACAAUGACUGCGAUAAGACUGCUUGUUCUGAUAAGGGAUACGAGUGCUUCUGUAAAUCUGGUUUCUUAGGCCCCUUAUGCGAAAUAGACGUAGACGAAUGCUUCUUAGCAGCCGUUGAUCCGAAUAAACGCUGUGAAAACGGGGCUACCUGUGUCGACAAGGUCAAUAGAAAGGAAUGCAUAUGCCCGCCGGGAUGGACUGGGGACCGCUGUCACGUGGACAUAGACGAAUGCGCGCUUGGGUUCUGCGACAAUGGCGCGACAUGUAAUAACUUCAACGGCACGUAUAACUGCACCUGUAUACCCGGCUAUACGGACCGGAACUGCUCUACGGAUAUUAACGAGUGUGCAUCGAACCCAUGCGAGAACGGCGCCACGUGUAACGACUUGAUCAACUACUUCAACUGCACAUGCGUGCCCGGGUACACGGGCCCCUUAUGCGAAACAGACGUAGACGAAUGCUUCUUAGCAGCCGUUGAUCCGAAUAAACGCUGUGAAAACGGGGCUACCUGUGUCGACAAGGUCAAUGGAAAGGAAUGCAUAUGCCCGCUGGGAUGGACUGGGGACCGCUGUCACGUGUACAUAGGCAAAUGCGCGCUGGGGUUCUGCGACAAUGGCGCGACAUGUAAUAACUUCAACGGCACGUAUAACUGCACCUGUGUACCCGGCUAUACGGACCGGAACUGCUCUACGGAUAUUAACGAGUGUGCAUCGAACCCAUGCGAGAACGGCGCAACGUGUAACGACUUGAUCAACUACUUCAACUGCACAUGUGUGCCCGGGUACACGGGGUUCAAUUGCUCCGAAGACAUCAACGAGUGCCUGUCAACACCCUGUCAACACAGCGCAACCUGCAAUGACCUUGUGAACGACUUCAGCUGUAACUGCACCGCUAACUACACGGGGAGGCAAUGCGAGUACCUUAAGACGCGCUGUCGGCCGAUAAAUCCGUGCUUAAAUGGAGGACGAUGUAUAGACAUAGGGUUCGAGAACUUUACUUGUGACUGCAGUGCCGGAUUUGGUGGACCCCUCUGCGAGAAUUCUACAACCGUUAGUUUGAACGGCUCGUCAUAUCUGACGUUUGAUGGCAGCCAAAGUGAAUUCAUGGUUGCGUUGGAAUUUCGAACUACGCUUCCAGACGGUGUACUGGUGCAUGAUUCGGAGAGCAAAUUCCUGCUGCAGUUGAGGGAAGGGGCUAUUGAAAUAAGCAAUGGCGCUAGCAGUGCAGCAAUAGAGGCUGCGCUUUCGGACGGUAAUUGGAGCGGAAUUGUGGGGUUGAAUGUCACUCAGAGUCACCUACAUUUAUCUAUAAACACCUCAAGUGUUUCCAUAGCUCGAAUCAACCGUAAAAAUCCGAAGCUGUUUAUUGGAGGAUAUUUGGAGAGCCUCGAAAAAAGGCGCAACCUGAUUGGCUGCAUUCGAGAUGUCAAAGUAAAUAGCGUGGUGAAGUUACCGUCUGAGAUGGAGCUUGUGCGUGUCAGCAUGGGGUGCCCCAGGGAGGAGGUGUGCUCUCCCGACCCCUGUACCCACGGGACGUGCAUUGACGAGUGGCUCACAUACAGAUGUGCUUGCGACCGUGGGCCUAAUUGCAAUACGGGCCUAAUUGCAACUGCCGAGGUAAAUGAUCAGAACUCCACCAUUGUUGGUUUCGCUGUGCUGGUCGCCAUCUUGUUCUUGGUCAUCUUUGGUCUGAUUGUCUACAUCGUAGUGCUGAAGAGGGCAGGUCUUACAACAAGGAAAAGAAGAUCUGAAGCUGAAAACCCAGGCUACUCUGCAUUCCAGAAUGUGGCAAUGCAAGAAAAUGUGAACCAAGACCAGCACACAAUACCAGAGAUGGGAGAUUAUGAGGUCGCCCCUUCAGAAAAUAGGGAACCCAUUCCUGACACCAUUCCACAGUACGAAUCAGUGAACAAUGCACCGGCACGACCACCUAACAAUGGUAACGUCACGCAAUACGAUGUAACGCAAGUUAGCAGUGUCACGCAAUACGAAGCUAUGAAUAGCCAUCCAUCACUUCAUCAGCACGUGGCAGCCAAUCGCCAGUACGAUGGCGUCGAUAGCACGAGAAUAUGUGGACAGAAUCCUCCCGCAAUGAGAGCAAGGAACGGCACAGGUGAUCAUGGAGAGCCAGGUUACGAGAACACAAGAAAACGAGGCUUACCACCUGAAGUGUACCAGUCUUUACAGGCGACGACACAACACAGUGAGAGUGCGCAGUACGCCCCACUGAAUCCCUUGACACGCAUAGGGGUCAGGCCUUGUGGUAGGGACGAGAGGGGAGUAGGCUUAGACAUUAGAGAGAGUGAGUACCAGGAGUUGAACCAAAUUGAAGCCACAGAUCCAUGUUAUCAACGGGUAGGCAGUAGGGUCUCUAGCGUGUAAGAUGCCCAUAUCGCGGAUCCGUGUGAUCAAGGGCUCCUACAAAUACCACUAGCGCGUGAGACCACUGUAAUCUUCUAUAAAGAUAAUACCAGCGCGAUAGCUGACAAUACCACGUACAUAGGUCAAUAUUAUCAAAUGUUUAAUCACUAGUCAGCUAGAAAUACCAUUUUUACUCGAAUCAUACAUAUCCCCAUAGAUACUGUAAUGAUUAGUCGGGAGGACUUCUUUUGACCGGAGUCGUACCUUUAUUCUGAGUGAGUGGAAUGAAGAGUAAUGAGGAAUUACAAUGCGGUCCUAUUUGUAGUAAAACAAGUAGUACGUUUGAUUGACAAGCACUGACCACGUGUGCAGAGCGCGGUGAUUGGACGGUACUUGACAAUGCAAACAGUUACAUCAGAUAUCAUUUUUUUGUCGGCAAAAUCAGCGAUAACAAAGGAAAGCUUUGAAAAGAAUUUAAGGAUACAAAAUGAAUGUCCUUUGCCAUGAAACUAAGGGAGUCAGUAGGAAAGGUCAAAAGGUAACUUUGGAGAAACAAAUGUGUAACUUGUAAUCGAAAGUUAACGAACGUAAGGGGAAAAGAAGUGGUCGCUCAAGUAGCGUAGGUGUGGUGUUGGGUGACUUGGAUUAGCAUAAGAAAUCAGAUUACCAAAAAACAGUAGAGCUAAGCACCUCCUACUUGAGUGUGGGCGAUCCUACGUGCUGCGCUAAUGAUACCGACAAUUAACGUACGACAUCAAAAGGAACUGUAUCAAAAGAAGACUCGUUAACUAACUGAUUCAACGGAAAGUAGAAGACAGAUGAGUUCCGAAACAUGGUGCGAUCCCACAAAGGUCAUUAUUUCACUCAUCCUUAUAAUUAAACGAAUAUCCUCCUAUGCUAAAAGCUAAUAAUGCUUCAAGAAUACUUUUAACCUUGAUUUAUCCUUAGAGUAAUUAUAUCUUGACUUGUAUAUCUCCUUACUUCCUUUAACUACGAUCUAACAUAAUCUAUCAUAA